GUCCAUCGACCCCGCGCUUUUCUACGGCUCCAAUAAACCGCAAGGCUCUUCCCACACCUCCUACAUUCCACCUGAACGUUCUCCAUUCAGAGAGCCCGAGCUUGUCAUGGAGGAAGAGCCGAUUCCGAAUGAUCCUCCCGCUUGGGGCGAACCCGCGCCGGUCUGGGGAGAGUCGGGUGUAGCGGACUGGGACGCGAUCACCUCGACGGUGGAGAACUGGGGCGAACCAGGGACGACGCGCAAGAUCGCCAUCGACGGCCGCGAUGAGAGGGAGGAGGCUCAUUGGUAUGAUCCUGCCGUUCAUGCACUCAGACCGGGCCCAGGUCUUCUCCCGCCCCUCCUCGCCGACCACCUUCAUGACCCCAAUCACGCGCUGUACUCGGUGAACACUCUGCCCCAUCCACCUUCUACUACUCCGCACGUGCCUACCGCGGACGAGGUUCGCACUGCCAUCCCCCAUCCAAACGCGUACUACUGCAAGGACCACAACGGCUGGGUUGUUCUUUUGUGGAAGUCCUCCUCCGUUCUUCCACUUCUCGUCAAGGAGCCCAAAAACCCGCUCCCUGAUCAGGCCAGGCGUAAACGCACCACCUCUUGCAUAGGCGACGGUGAACAGCCAUUCGGCGCGGCCAACCUUACUCACCACUGGCAUCUAUAUGAGAACGCUGUCGAUGCAUCGCAGCUCAACACUCCCUAUACUCACGGAGAACUUCUCUUGGACCUGUACCUCUGCUGCCAGUGCUCUGUUUACUGUCUAGCCUCGGAUGUGAUACCUGGUGUGCUUCCCACUUCACUUGUCGACGAGUUCACGCGCGACAAACUUAGCCAUCCUGCCGUCGAUAAGACGCCCAGGGCCACCGUCAUCUCGGGCUGGGAGACUAUCUUAACUAUCAUCGACAAUCGCCUUUGGCGAGAUGAGAAGCGCUCCCUACCCAUAACCCGACCGCGCUUCAGGAGCAAAGUGGGCUGGAAUGGCAUAGUACAACAAGUCUUUGAGACAUUGGGUUUCGAACUCGAGGACAUACAACCAGGCGCAACCUCCGCGGAGCCCGCUCUACAACCUCCCGCCAUCGAUCCCGCCACGCCCGAAGGCAACGCUUCGCGCGCGAAGCUUCUGCGCGCGUGGGUCGAGGUCGGCGCGUGGCUCGCUAUCUACGAGAAGUCAAAGGAGUCGCUCCGGGACUAUAUGCCUAUGGUGCUGCAUGUGACUGCGGACAGCGCUAGGGACAUGUACCAGACCGGUAUCGGCGCGCACGUCUCGCAGAUCGCGCGCGGCCUGCUUCCUGAGCCAAUGCAGGGCUACACAGAGCUGGACCACUCAUGGGAACUCCUAGGCAUGACGCCGAGCACAUACUCGUGGGAGCUUCUCGCGUUCGCGUACCUCGCGCAAUGCCGGUGCGACCCCGCGAACACCAUGGUGUACUUCACGCAGCUAUGGGCGAUCGUGAACUCGAUGAUCCACCUCGCGCAGGAUGCGCCGGCGGAAUUACAGUCGCUCAUUGUCGAGGAGCGUUCACGCUCGCGAUUCGCGCCCGAUGAUUACCAGGAUGCGGUGAAGACGCUCGGGUUCGGGCGCGAUGGCGAACUCGGCGUCGAGCUCGACGCGGACGUCGACGACGACUUCAUCGCGCAGGCAUGGCGCAGCGCGCGGCAGAGAGCGUGGCAGAACCCUGCGGACGCGACACUACUACGCGCGAAGCUGAACGACGCGCUGAGACUCGUCGCGGAGUCCAGGGGGAGCGAGAAGUUGCUGAAGGUGUGGGGCGAGGAGAAGGGCACGGGGAUGUCGCCGGACACGGCGUACUCAACGCUCGAGGUUCCGCGCGAUAUGGAGGAAUCGAUGCUACUCACUGUUUACUCCAUGCGGGUCGAAGACCAGCCCAGUCAAGCGGAGCGGAUGCGGGAGGCGUUGAGCGUCAUUGCAGAAGUGACGAACAGCGACCGGCUGCGUCACUUCCUGGCUACGGGUCAGGAUCCGGGGGACAGUACGGUCACCAACACGAGUCCUGAGAUGCCCCGAGGUCUGAACCAGCUUGGCAACACCUGCUAUCUGAACUCGUUGCUCCAGUACUUCUACACGAUCAAGGACCUUCGUGCGGCGAUCACCUCUCUCGCACAUGCGGACGCCAAGACGCUCGACGAUAGCAAGUUCACUGACGACGACUUGAAGCGGCAUCGGGUUGGCGGGCGACUCGUCACUCGACGAGAAAUCAUGCGCUCCAAGAAGUUCGUGAAUCUGCUCGCAGAGUUGUUCUUCAACAUGGAGUAUUGCGAGAACCCGGCGAUCACGCCCGAGAUCGAGCUCGCUAAGCUCGCGCUAGUGACGACGCAGGACGAAGAGGAGGACGAAGCAGACAAGGCAGGCACCGACUCCUCCAACGAUACCGAUGCGACCCUCGUUGACGAUAUGGCGCCCCGCUCCGCGUACGACCGCGCGCCGUCAUCACCCCUCCAGAGCCAGAGCCCGACGGGGAGCGUGCUCGGAAAGCGCUCCAGGGAUGGCGAGUCGGGCAUGGACCUCGAUGCGCCGCGCGUGGCAAGCCCGACGGAACGCGUAGAGGCGGCGAAGCGUGGGGCGAGUCCGCCGCAGACAGCGUCUGACACGACGGAAACCACUCAGGACGCGGUCGCAUCGUCUUCGAAGCUCCCAGUGGCGGAGUCGCCGGUGGAUGUGGAGAUGAAGGAUGAGUCCCAAGCCGGGAAGGCGCCGCCUUUGCCUCCGCGGAAACCACGGCCGACGGACGAAUCGGUCAUGAUGUUCGGGCGUCAACACGAUGUGUCUGAAUGCAUGGAUAACUGCAUGUUCCAGAUCGAGACCGCUCUCCUCGACUUCCAAGGGAUGGCGACCGACGACGACGACAAGACAAGUCCCGUCAAACGGCUGUUCUAUGGGAAGAAGCGGCAGCGUUUGACGUCUCUGUCACCAACGGAUGACGCUGCCCACCAGUCGUCGAUACAUGAGAAGGAAGAUCUCUUUUCGCAUCUACACGUGAACGUUGCGGACGAGGGCUUCGAUAUCUACGAUGGGCUGGCGCGGUACUUCGACGACGUCGUCGAGUUGGUCGGGCAGAAGAAGCGGAUGGAGGUGUCGCUGGUGGACCUACCACCACUGCUCCAAAUCCAGCUGCAGCGUGUCCAAUUCAACCGCGAGACGCAGCAGGCGUACAAGUCGCAAGCGUACGUCAAGUUUGGAGAGACGAUCUACAUGGAUCGUUUCAUGGACAGCGUGAGCCCGGAGAAGAAGGCGCGCUCGAAGGAGAUCCAAGCGGAGCUUACCACCGCGCGGGAUCGCGUGUAUAAGCUCACCCAUGGUCCAAAUGCCCCGUUCGCCCCCGCGCUCACCAACGUCGCGGACUUCUUGUCGAAACAGACAGCCUUCGAGUUGCCUGCAGAUGACGCGCUGGUCACGUCGUUGCAGAACGAGGAGAAGCUCGUCACGGAGCAGCUACGCGUCGAGCGCGAGCGGACUGUGCAGCUCAAGCAGCAGCUUGAGGACAUUUGGAAGGACGACCAGUCCGCGGCGUACGAGUUGACGUCCGUUUUCAUACAUCGCGGAUCGUCCCCGUCGUGGGGCCACUACUUCUUCUACUCUCGCAAUCUCCCCAGCAACCCCGACGCAUGGUUCAAGUACAACGACUCGGACGUCACGGCGGUCGCGAAGGAUGAGGUUCUCGCUGAUACCACCGGAUCGACAGCCAACCCGUACAUGCUGGUCUUUGUGCGGAAGGACUGCGACGCGAUCGAGACCGUGCACCGGUUUAAUCCGGAGAUGGUCGAGGAGGAAUGAGGAACAUACGUGCAGACUAAUCUUAUUCUUGCCCCCGCAUUGUAUAUGCUACGAACGCCGCACACACACAUGGACAAGGCCAUCAACUG